AUGGGUUUUCUGGACGACAUGUCCGAGGAGCUAGACUCGGUCCGGAGACGUCUCAAGAGGGCCGGCAUUGAGUGGAAAGGCGGGGGUUCUACCGGAGGAAGGCGUGGGGCUAAGGGGACGUCGUCCGUUCUGGCCAGUGGCAUUACGCAGGCGAGGUGCCUGGCCAUGGGCGGCGGCGGGGCGUUCGUUGCGGUGCUGGCUCUAUCUCAAGCCCUGCAGGGGUUUGCGCUGCGGGUGUCCUGCAGUUCACCGCUGGGAUUACCGACAGCUCUUGGGUUUGCAACGGUGGCAGCGGCGUCUGUCGCCUCGGUGAGAGUCGCCGAAGGGAUUUCCUCUGGGCUGGAGGCAGCCUCCAGUAAGGAUAGUCAACGGAUCUCCGACCCAUGGCGAUCAAUGCUGGAGGCGGCGGAACAGCCAGCAAAUAGCGGCGAGAUAGGUGCCGGCGCAUUCGGGCUGGUGCUGUUUCGGGCGCUGGGCGGGAGGUUUAGCUCGGUGGCCCCUAGCGCUCUUCACAUGCCCGGAGCUUUCAGCAGGCUAUCGGCGUCCCUGCCCGCGACUCUGGAGUACGCCUCCGACGGUAAGAGGCAAGCCCUGGCGGUUCUUGGGAAGAACUUCGGGUGCCACACCUGCGGGACGAGGGCUCCGGCCACCUUCAUCGCGGACCACAUGCCCCCGCUCAAGACGGUCAAGCUGGCGAACGCCAAGCUGUGGCGGAGGGCGCUGCGGCAGACCCUGUCCCAGCGCUUCUACCCGCAGUGCCAGGCGUGCUCUACCCUCCAGUCAGCGGCGGUAAGGUCUGGCCAGACCACACUCAGGUACCACUUCACGCUGGCGGCGCUGCGGCCGUACCACGCCACGGGGGGUCUACUCGUGAUGGGGAGCCUUUUGCUGGCACAGCAACGGCAGAGGAGGGGUGGUAGCACUUCAAGGAGGAGUAUUUGACAGGCGGGUGGUGGAGAGUUUUUGUCACUGUGGUGGUGUUGAUGGACUAGUCUUUGGUUGCGCUACAACGAUUAGGGUUUCCUGUUGACGAUGCUGUUGGAGCAGUGGCCUAAAUCGGGUACACCCGGUCCAAGCACGGUCAUAAUCGGGUACCCCUACAAGACGCUGCUGAGAGUGACCGCAUGCCACCAUGUUAUUGGCCAACGCCCACUCCUACCCGACCUUGGCCGUCUUUCCACCGGGUACACCCAAUCUUGCUCACCCCCCGGAGGGGUACCCGGUUUUUCUUUGCCCUAUCCGAAAAUGGCUGGGCUGUUCGACCACAACCCAUGCACACAAUCACGGGUCGGACGCACACCACUGGCCGUCAUUUGUCGCCAAAACAAAAAAAAAAGUAGCGGGAGGAGAGGAUGUAUAUGUUUUUUUUCUUGGAUGAGUCCCGUGUGUGUCGCAUUUCGUGAGGGAGGGAUUCAUCCACCUCUUCUUCUCGAUCAUUUGCACAGACCGCCUGCCGUUCACCCCAAGGGAGAAUUCCACCGCCGGCGGGGGGCCUGCCUCCUCCCGCCGGGCCGUCAGAACGUCCGAAUUCGAGAGCGUUGUUGACGUGUGCAUGGGUUUUGGUCGAACAGCCUAGCCAUUUUCGGAUAGGGCAACGGUACCCCUCGGGGGGGGUGAGUAGCCAAGAUCGGGUGUACCCGGUGUAAAGACGGUCAAGGUCGGGUAGGAGUGGGUGUCGGCCAAUAACAUGGUGGCAUGCGGUCUCUCUCGGCAGCGUCUUGGGCUACCCGAUUAUGGCCGUGUUUGGACCGGGUGUACCCGAUUUGGGCCACUGCUGUUACUUUUGUGGAGACCAAUAUUUCUAUCGUUCUGUUUGUGGGUGUUUGUUAUCGUACGUGACUUGGCUUUUUCUGUAGUUUUGGCGUCGAGGCGUGUGCUCGGGAGAAAAAUUCUCAGUAGCGCGCCGAUCGGUGCCAUGGAAAAAUGUCACCGGCGCUUCCUCACAAUUGUGUUUUUCUGCGUGGUCUCCAUCCCGUGUGUCUCUUGACGCUGAGUUAUCGAGAAACGGUUUGACCAGGGUGGUGUGCUAUUGUGGUACCCUCGACCACUGCUGUUUAGGGCGUCAAAAAUAGGUUGGUAGGGCGGAUCCCGUCCAUGUGUAUGGUUUCCGUUUUUCAUUUGCCCGACUGCACUUAGGCUCUCGUUCGUGAUAAGUUAAGAAACCUUGAUGUAUCGACGGUUUGCCCCUCCUCGUGUAAUGUGAGUGAAAGGCAUACCUUUACCUUCACUGUCGCUACUGCUGCUUUUUUUUUUUCUGGUCUGCCUGUUAUUGGUUGCCCUAUCGAAUCUCGUGGGCAUUGAAGGUGCGAGUCAAGGUCGGUGGGCACGAUGGCGACGAAGUGCAUGAAGGACGCGGUCGAGCUUUCCCAACAGCCAUCACUCCAAGAGAAGGAAACUGUAGAUUCGUUAGACUUUGUUUCCUUCAUUUUUUUGUUGGUGUUGGUCGAAAAACGAGUGUUAUCAUACGAGUCACGAAGAAGGCUGCGGAAAACAUUAUCUGCACUGCCGUGUGGGGUGCAAGGCGAACCACGGGCAGGGGUGCCGGCUUUCCUCUCGACCCCUUACUGGUGAGGUUUUUUUGUUGUUGACCGGGAUUUUUCGAAAACGUCGCGGGCACCAUCGUUGGCUCUGGAACGAUCAUGUUCUCACCCCAUGUGAAAGCUGACUAAACAAGUCUGCGGCACAACCGCCAACUAUGGACUUGUUCCUUGCCACUUCGUUUGUUUUUUUUUCGGACGUGGUUGGUGCAU